GUGACUUCUGUGAAGGUAGCUGACUGAACUGAACGCUACAACAAUACAAGUGGUGGUAAUGGCGGAUGGUUGGUGUCUCGCGUCUCGUAGUACUAUUUAUAACCUAAAAUAUAGUACAAGUUUUCGGCGAUAUGUACGCUAACGUUUCUUGGUUGUGUGGAUUGGUGCCGUUAAAUUUCACAACUGUGCCAAUGACGUACGAACGCUACAUCGGCUGAGAAAUACUCCCGUAGAUGAUAAUCAGUGAAAUGAUAUUGCACACAAAAUUUUGACAUUCACACUGCUGAUAUUUCGUAUUCGUCGCAAGUAGAGAAUGGUGCAUGCAGAACAUCAACAAGUAAGGUGCUGACAGUGAACACAAGUGUGUAACUAACAUGCAUGCAGUGUACAUAGUAUAAAACGGACAUAAAUACAAGUACCUGAAGGCUAUGAUUGCUAAGCCUCCAAAAUGACUGAGAGACGGAAGAAAAAAACACAUAAUGGAUUCCUACGAAAAGUGUCCUCCUUAUUUAACAUUGACACGGCUCACGUCACGUCUCCUGACAUGAAGCAGUUGCAGGUUAAUGGAAUAGAAGGUGGGGGAACUGACCGUAUUCAAGGAGAAGACGGCUACACUUACUUAACAGUAGUACUGUCCCGCGCGGGCGGAGCUGGCUUGGGCUUCAGCAUCGCCGGGGGCUCUGACAACCCACAUGUGCCCGACGAUCCACAUAUAUACGUGACAAAGCUGAUACCGGGAGGCGCGGCCGCCGCCAGCCAAUUACAAAUCAAUGACGCCAUAUUACAGGUUAACGACACGACGGUCGAAAACGUCACGCAUGCAGAAGCAGUGGAUGCACUGAAAAAAGCAGGCAAUACAGUUAGACUGAAAGUAAAACGUCGAAGCACAGAUGACACGCUAAGUGUAACACAGACUUCGAAUAAAGAAGAAGCAGUUGAAAUUGAGUUGGUAAAAGGGGGGUCAGGUCUUGGCUUCAGUAUAGCUGGUGGACUCGGCAAUCAACACAUUCCUGGCGACAAUGGCAUCUAUGUCACCAAGAUUAUGGCCGGCGGCGCAGCCCAUAGAGACGGUAGACUGCGAGUUGGAGACAAAUUGCUUAUGGUUAAAAAUACUUCUCUCGGCGAUGUGAAUCUGGAUAACGUAACGCACGAAGAGGCGGUGGCCGCUCUGAAGGCGUCUGGCGAACGCGUACAGCUAGUAUUAGUGCCCGGUCCGCGGCACUCGCAACCUUCGCCGCGACCCUCGCGAGCAAAUACACCGUCGAGUACGGCGAAUUCGCUGCGUCGUGAGGACGUAACCGAUAGUACCGAAGAGCCCCGAGUAGUGGAACUGGAGAAGGGUCCACAAGGGCUGGGGUUCAACAUAGUGGGCGGUGAGGACGGACACGGUAUAUACGUGUCCUUCCUGCUAGCCGGCGGACCCGCUGAAAGAUCUGGAUUGUUGAGACGUGGUGAUAGACUGCUCGCCGUCAACGAUGUGGACAUUACACAUGCCACUCACGAACAGGCCGCUAAAGCCCUCAAGGGCACAGGUCAAAACGUGAGAUUAACAGUUGUGUAUAGGCCGACGGAAUACAACAAAUUUGAAGCUCGCAUCAAUGAACUGAAACAACAUCAUACGCUACUCAGGACAUCUCAGAAGCGAUCCCUAUAUGUUAGAGCACUAUUCGAUUAUGACCCAGUGAGAGAUGAUGGGUUGCCUUCUCGAGGGCUGCCCUUCCGCUAUGGUGACAUUUUGCAUGUCACCAAUGCUUCAGACGACGAAUGGUGGCAAGCGAGACGGCUAGACAAGGCGGACGCGGACGCGAUAGGCAUAAUACCAUCGAAACGUCGAUGGGAACGAAAACAACGAGCCAGAGACAGACAGGUCAAGUUCCAAGGACAAGGCACGCCAGUCAGCACUAGCCAGUCAACGUUAGAGAGAAAAAAGAAGACUCUAUCAUUCAGCAGAAAGUUCCCAUUUAUGAAGAGCCGUGAGGACGGCAAAUCUGAAGAUGGUUCGGACCAAGAACCUUUCAUGCUUUGUUACACGCAAGAGGACGCAAACGCGGACGGUCAAGAUGAGACAGUGUUGUCGUAUGAGACAGUGCAACAAUUGACGAUCGGUUACACGAGACCCGUCAUAAUCCUGGGCCCACUCAAGGACAGAAUAAACGAUGAUCUAAUAUCGGAGUUCCCCGAUAAGUUUGGCAGUUGCGUGCCUCAUACAACAAGGCCGCGGCGCGACUACGAAGUGGACGGUCGUGACUAUCACUUCGUUGCGAGUCGCGAGCAGAUGGAGCGCGAUAUACAGAACCACCUGUUCAUAGAAGCCGGUCAAUACAAUGACAACCUCUAUGGCACCUCUGUGGCCUCGGUCCGGGAAGUUGCUGAGAAGGGCAAACAUUGCAUUUUGGACGUCAGCGGGAACGCUAUAAAAAGAUUGCAAGUGGCGCAACUAUAUCCAAUCGCUAUAUUUAUAAAACCAAAGAGCGUAGAAUCUAUAAUGGAAAUGAAUAAACGAAUGACAGAAGAACAAGCGAAGAAAACGUACGAACGCGCUCUGAAAAUGGAGCAAGAGUUUGCUGAAUAUUUUACUGCGGUAGUAACUGGCGACACGCCUGAGGAGAUCUACGCUAAGGUGAAGACGGUGAUCACAGCGGAGAGCGGGCCCACUGUAUGGGUGCCGCGCCGCGAGCCGCUGUGAGCUGUGCCAUAACCCCUCCCCGCGUUAUAAUCCCCGCGAAUUGCUAAUGCGCCUGGCCGCCAUUUUGUCGACGUAAUUGCGUUCAACAAUCAGUACCGUUAGCAAAUAAACACUGGUUGACGAAUACAAUUAUUGAGUUGGGUUGUGUUGAUGACACACACGAUUUUUAUUGUUUUCGAUUGUUAUUGACUAGCAACUGCUAAUAUGAUCUUCACACAAAAUUAGGUUAGUUUCAAUAAAAAUAAAUAUAUUAAUGUCUCUUAUAUCAUUAUUACUUCCAUGUUUAAAAAAAUGUCCUGUCCGUUAGAUUUCGCAUUAUUACAAUGUAAAUAUUAUUUUUUUAUUUAUACUCCUCAAAUUAAAUGCAAUAAAUUAACAAAUUAAAAGGUUUUAAAUUAUUUUAAAAGUAUUUUAUGGAUUCAUACAAAUUUUAAUAAUUAAUAAAUAAUUUAUCUCUUGCAUUUGCUAUCUAUACUUUCUAUUUUUAAAUGACGUAACGCGGGUAUUAUUUAGACUACGUUCCAGCGCAUUAGCAAUUUACGGGAUUUAUACACCCGAAUAGUGCCUCGAGUUCUCGCCCCCUCGCCCAGCGGUAAAGCUCGUCCGUUAUUUUGUCGGUAUUAUAUAAUCGCGUAUAGGGUUGUAACGGAUUCACGCUACCAUCGGUUUUAGCACGUUCGCAUGCCUGCCUAUUCAGUAAACACAUUAACAGUACCUUCGAUUUAGCAUUGGUUUCAAUCAAAAUGAAAUUAUGUUUCAAUCCAAUAUAGUGCUUUUAAACGUAAAGUAAGGCACGAAAGUAAACUACUCUACUGU